AUGGCUUCCUAUUAUAUGGAUGGAGAGGCUCUUGUGUGGUACCAAGAGGCAUUGGAAGGGGGUCAGUUUCGGGAUUGGGAUACCUUUGCAAGGUCGUUACUAAUUCGGUUUGGACCAACAGCUUACGAUGACCCCAUGGAGGCACUUACUCGUUUGAAACAAACAGGUUCUAUAGCUGCUUAUCAAGCACAGUUUAAGGCCCUUUCUAAUCGGUUAAGAGGAUUAUCCGAUGUGCACAAGCUAAGUUGUUUCCUUAGUGGGUUGAAAGAUGAGAUCCGUCUUCCUAUCCGCAUGUUCAAUCCGGUUAGUUUAAGUGCUGCGUACGCAUUGGCUAAAAUACAAGAAGAAUACCUUGCAAGUUCCAAGAAAUCCAGCAAGGUGGGGGUAGAUAAAAUCAGUCCAAUGGUAGGAGGAAGUUACAGCCGUGGAUCUUACUCGGGUGAAGGAAACAGCACUAAAUGGCAAAAACCGUGGGGGGGAACGAAGAAGGUUUCGUCCAUUCAAAUGGAUGAAAAGAGAAAAAAAGGGUUAUGCUAUCACUGUGAUGAGAAAUGGAACCCACAGCACAUGUGUAAGAACCCUAGAAUCUACUUGAUGCAAGUGGAUGAAGAGUUACCUGUGGUAGAGGUCACGGAAGAUGAAAUAGGAGUGGCUGAGACUAAUGUGGAAGCACCUGAAAUUUCUGUAGCAACCAUUACAGGAACACCCACCAUGAGUACCAUGCGUUUAAUGGGAACUUUGAUGGGAGAACCUGUCGUAAUCCAAGUGGACUUGGGGAGCUCACACAACUUUGUGGAGUCCACUUUGAUAACUAAGUUAAAGUUGCCUAUUGAUGCUUCCAGCAACUUGAAUGUAAGGGUGGCUAAUGGACAAAGUUUGAGGAGCGAUGGGGUAUGCAAGGAAGUGAGAUUAAAGGUGCAAGGUAUAGUGUUCCAACCUUCUUUUCAUUUAUUAAAUCUUGCUGGCUGUGAUAUUGUGUUGGGCAUUCAAUGGCUGGUUACGUUAGACACUAUAACGUGGAAUUUUUCUAAGUUGUUGAUGGGUUUUAUAUAUGGAGGAAAAAGUGUGGAAUUGAAGGGGUUAAAAUUAAACCCAUCUGUGGUAGAAGAUGGACACAAGUUGCUCAAGGCCACCACGGCUAAGAGCAGGGGAAUUUUGUUACAAAUCAUGACCCAAGAAGUAAAAGAGCAAAAAGAGGAAGUGUUAGAUCCUGAAUUUACCAAACUAUUGGCUGAGUUGGGAGGGGUUUUUAAGGAGCCUGAGGGGUUACCACCAACCAGAAAAUAUGACCAUAAAAUUGUCCUUAAGGAAGGCACUCAACCCAUUGCUAAUAGGCCAUACCGAUACCCGUAUUACCAAAAAACUGAGAUAGAAAAGAUUGUUGCUGAAUUGUUAAAAUCUGGAGUUGUUAGACCAAGCAUGAGCCCAUUUUCAUCUCCUGUUUUGCUAGUAAGAAAGGCCGAUGGGAGUUGGAGGCUUUGUGUGGAUUAUCGAGCUCUUAAUAAAGAAACAGUGAAGGCAAAAUUUCUCAUUCUUGUGAUUGAUGAAUUGUUGGAUGAGUUGGCUGGUUCAGUGGUGUUUUCUAAGCUUGAUUUAAGGUCCGGAUACCACCAAGUGAGAGUGGCAGUGGAUGGCAUUCCAAAAACAGCUUUCCAAACACAUGAAGGGCAUUACGAGUUCUUGGUAAUGCCUUUUGGUUUAACUAAUGCCCCGGCCACGUUUCAAGGGUUAAUGAAUGAUGUUUUUAAACCGUUUUUGAGGAAAUUCGUGCUUGUUUUUUUUUAUGAUAUAUUGGUGUACAGCCGGUCUAGAAGGGAACAUUUGAACCAUUUGAAACAAGUGUUAUCACUACUGGAACAGAAUUCAUUGUUUGCUAAGAGGUCCAAGUGUAGGUUUGUUGUGGGAGAAAUCGAAUACUUAGGCCAUGUCAUUAAUGCGAAUGGGGUAAUGGUCGACCCCUCUAAAAUUGCCACCAUGUUAGAAUGGCCCGAGCCUAAGAACGUGAAGGCCCUAAGGGGAUUCCUAGGACUAACGGGUUAUUAUCGAAAGUUCAUAAAAGGAUACGGGACCAUUGCAGCCCUAUUGACAGAAUUGUUAAAAAAGAAUUCUUUUGAGUGGAAUGGCAAAGCUAAGAAGGCCUUCGAGGAGCUGAAACAGGCUGUAUCACAGCCUCCCGUGUUGAGGUUACCUGAUUUUAAUAGUCCUUUCACUAUUGAGUGUGAUGCUUGUGGAACGGGGUUGGGUGACGUGUUAAUGCAAGCGGGGCAACCCAUUUCCUAUAUGAGUAAGGGGCUUAAGGGGAAGGCCUUGUUACUAUCAACAUAUGAAAAGGAACUCUUGGCCCUUGUGACAGCAGUUCAAAAAUGGAGGACUUAUUUGCUUGGUCAAGUUUUUAUUAUUAAAACCGACCAAGAAGCACUGAAAUACUUGUUGGAACAAAGAAUAGGAACUGAAAUGCAGCAAAAAUGA